AUGAGCAGUGAAGCACCAGCCGCAGAAGAAACUCGUGUGGCUGCAUCUCCAGCCGAUUCCGUGAAAGCCUUCAUCGCCGGAGGCUUUGGAGGUGUCUGUGCUGUUCUAGUUGGUCAUCCAUUCGAUCUUACCAAGACGAGGCUGCAAACGGCACCCCCAGGAACUUACACUGGCGCAGUCGAUGUAGUUAAAAAAACGCUCGCCCGGGACGGUCUCUCUGGGCUCUAUCGAGGGAUGGUUCCGCCUCUUCUUGGAGUCACACCAAUAUUUGCUGUUUCUUUCUGGGCGUACGAUGCAUCAAAACAACUCAUUUAUGCCGCCACACCAAAGAGAACGAACGAAGCACUGUCAAUAUCGGAGUUGGCUCUGGCUGGAUUUUUAUCUGCUGUCCCGACAACUUUAAUUACAGCCCCAGUGGAGAGAGCGAAGGUUCUUUUGCAGGUUCAAGGACAAGGAGGCUCGGAACACAAGUAUAAGGGAGUCACCGACGUUUUGAAGCAUCUUUACAAAGAGGGCGGGAUGCGAAGCAUUUACCGCGGAACAGGGGCUACCUUGGCUCGAGAUGGCCCAGGAAGUGCAGCGUACUUUGCGGCGUAUGAAAUCACCAAAAAAGCCUUGACCCCGGCUGGCUCAUCUCCAGCUGAAUUGAACCUUGGUGCCAUCAUCGUGGCAGGAGGUAUGGCGGGUGUAGCUAUGUGGGCGAUAGCGAUCCCUCCUGAUGUCUUGAAAUCCCGCCUGCAAUCGGCACCAUCGGGGACAUAUUCGGGCUUUAUGGACUGCGCACGUAAGACCAUAGCUCAGGAUGGUGCCCGGGCACUUUGGAAAGGUUUUGGACCUGCGAUGGCUAGGGCAUUCCCAGCGAAUGCUGCAACAUUCCUUGGAGUAGAAGCCUCUAGGAAGGUUCUUGAUGGUCUUUUCUGA